UGGUGUGACCUGCUAGAAGAGGAGUGUGUUGUUUUGCUACCAAGCUUACUCGUAUUAAGCAUUGCUUGUUUGGUGUUUUGUGCUUUAAGUUGUGUGUGGUUAGAAUGUGUACAAGAAGGCAUGCAAUGCAAUGCACUGCAGUUUUAGCCAACUUGAUAUUUUAUUAUGGGAAUAAACAAAAAAGGUGGGCCUGGGAAUCAGUGGAGAGAGUGGGAGGAAGAGAAUAGAAUAGGUUAGAACUUGGAAGCCUCAGAGUAUGGAUAACUAGCUUGGGGAGACAAAGAGGCCAUAUAUGCCCCUAUUGCUAAACAACAAAAAAGUGGGGGGAGGAGGAAUCAGCAACUAUCAGAAAAAACAGGUGUUGGCUGGCUGCUAGUGUUGCUGUGUCUAUGUGUGGUGGUUAGUUCCCGCGAUGGAGGGUGUGGCUGAUACACACACCGUUAUCACGUUAUCUUCCCCAGUUGCUUUCUCUACCUCAUGUUGAUCGAUCUUUGUUCCACGAUUCCCUCUCUCCUUUUGUUUUCACAUUGGGUAGAUUAGGGUUUUACUUUUACAUCCUGAUUAUUGUUGUAGUUUACCUUUGUAAUUAGUCAAUUAUGUUGUGCUAAUUUACACGGUUGCUUUUUCGUGAUUCUGUUUAUCUGCAUCUUCUUUUCUUCUUUGCUUUUGUUUCCACCUUAUUAGGAAAUGAGCUACUGAGGCCUUUAGACCCCAUUCAACUUUUUUGAACGUAUCACCACCAGUCCACUACCAUGUUGGGGAGAUGUGAUUGGGUUUGAACUAACACCAGUAUGAUUUAUGUGUCACAAACAUCACCUUUUUUUUGUGGACAAUUUUCAUGUCGAUAUAACGUAACGUCUACUAGGAUUUGUGACAGGCCCGCGGCACAAGUCUGAUAUUGGAAGGUGAAGUACGUGCCUACGAUACACUAGUCUUGAUUUCACGAUGCAUUCACCUCAGGUCAGGUGGUAAACGGUUAAAAAUUCUGAAGAGCAGAAACAGGUUGCAUGUCGUUGUAGUAUUUGUAUUUUGUGUAUAUGGUUGGAUUGAUGGUAGCCGCAGGAGACCAAUCGCGGGUAAAUUCUUAUCCCAAGUGAGAGAUCUUGCUUGCCAAGGGGAGGGAGAGAGUAGGCCCCACUUUUGUUGGAUUAGUGUAGUAGAAGGCUUGUGGUUCUUUCUUCCCUUUCCUUUCCUUUUUACAUAUAGAAAAGAAAUCCCCAACUUCCAUCUCCUCCGUUCUCUACCGUUUGGCCUUGUUUAAAUAUAUCACUCUUUGUCUUGUGUAUUGCUUGCCCCUCGCCAAAACACGCACAUCGGUCGCCGGAGAAUUCCCGGGCGAUAGGUACGCCGCCGUUCUUCCCACUCUUCUAUCUAACUUAAUGUUGUGCAUGUCACUUGCUGUGUUGGCUGUGUGCUUUUUCUGCUCCUCGUCGUCGUCGGCCUUACUCCGUCAUGUUUCCAUGUACCGUCGAUCGUAAAACUUUUUUUUUUUUCUUCUUCCUGUUAUGGAACCAUACACGUAUUGUUGUUGAUCCUUUUGUUUCGCUAAAGCCGAUCGUCUAUUUUCCUCCAUGAUUCUUCUUUGUACAAACAAGGACCGAGCGGAAAGAUAUAUUAUUAUCAUCGGACAUAUUUGGACUCGAGAGGAGAGCAGGCUUUUUGACUUGUUCAUUUUGUGAUCUCCAUAAUACCAACCGCUUCCUACAUAUAAUCUAGCAUUAUCAGAACCAAGUGUUACAUUUUUCACUGGAAGUUGAAAAAAAAAAAGAAAAAAUCUAAGAGCCACAACUUAAAUAUAUAACUUCCACAGCGAAAAGGAUGAAAUACUUAAUUCAUCAAAAGUUGAGAUUGGUUUUCUGGGGGAUGAAAUAUGGAUAUUUUACGUAUAGAUGAAGCUUAAUAAUAUUCUAUCUAUUAAUCAUAUUUUCCUAACAUCGCCCACGUCAGAAAAUGUUUGUGAAUUGGAUGUCACGACUCACGUGGCUGGCUUAUCAAGUUUCAUAGAUUACUACGAGUUCUUAGUGGCUAGCGUUUUUGUUUCUUCUUUCUGGACGCAGUUCCUGAAACGUCAGAGUCAUAGGCUGAUAUUGCUUACUCGUGAUUUUUCUUUUUUGUUAAUGAAUGGUGACGGAGGGAGAUCUUCCAUAAUAAGUAGUUACUGCGGUUUUACGUAAACUCUGGAUCCUGUCAACUUCAAACCCAAAAAAGAGAAGAAGAAGCAAAGAACUUUUUGCUCUGAUGGUUUUGUUGUCAUUUCUGUGGUGAUUGUUCCCCACUUCAGAUUAUCAUUUCACAGAUCGCUUCUUUCCACUGCAUCAAGUGUACUGAUUUCGCUGCUCAUUUUGGCAGGGCCGGAAGGAGAGUGAGCCCUGAAAGACAUUAAUUACUCUGUGAAAAACAUGGAUUACACAUAUGCACCCGGCAGGAACCACCUGUUCGUCCCCGGUCCGGUCAACAUCCCGGAGCCGGUCCUUCGCGCCAUGAACCGAAACAACGAGGAUUACCGCUCCCCUGCCGUCCCUGCUCUCACCAAGACACUCCUCGAGGACGUCAAGAAGAUCUUCAAGACCACUACCGGCACUCCCUUCCUCUUCCCCACCACCGGUACGGGGGCAUGGGAGAGUGCUCUCACCAACACGCUGUCGCCAGGGGACAAGACGAUUUCGUUCCUGAUUGGCCAGUUCAGCCUGCUGUGGGUUGAUCAGCAGAAGCGCCUGGGCUUCGAUGUUGAUGUUGUGGAGAGCGAUUGGGGUGAAGGUGCCAAGCUCGAUGUCCUCGCAGCUAAGCUUGCUGCUGACCCUUCGCAUACCAUCAAGGCGAUUUGCAUCGUUCACAAUGAGACCGCCACUGGUGUCACCAACAACUUGGCCAAGGUCAGAAAGAUUCUCGAUGAUUACCGCCACCCGGCUCUGCUCCUGGUGGAUGGAGUGUCUUCAAUCUGUGCACUUGAUUUCCGUAUGGAUGAGUGGGGAGUGGAUGUGGCACUGACUGGCUCUCAGAAGGCUCUUUCCCUUCCAACUGGGUUGGGAAUUGUGUGUGCUAGCCCGAAAGCUCUCGAGGCUGCAAAGACUGCUAAAUCUUACAGGGUGUUCUUCGACUGGAGUGACUACUUGAAGUUCUACAAGAUAGGGACCUACUGGCCAUACACACCUUCCAUCCAGCUGCUGUAUGGGCUCAGAGCUGCUCUGGACCUUCUCUUCGAGGAAGGGCUCGACAAUGUCAUUGCCAGGCACGCCCGCUUGGGCAAAGCCACUAGGCUCGCGGUGGAGGCAUGGGGGUUGAAGAACUGCACCCAGAAGGAGGAGUGGGUGAGUGACACAGUGACUGCUGUGAUGGUUCCUCCAUACAUUGACAGUGCAGAGAUAGUUAGGAGGGCAUGGAAAAGAUACAACCUCAGCUUAGGCUUGGGCCUUAACAAGGUUGCUGGCAAGGUCUUCAGAAUAGGCCAUCUGGGCAACUUGAAUGAGCUGCAACUUCUGGGGUGCCUAGCUGGAGUGGAGAUGAUACUGAAGGAUGUCGGGUACCCGGUGAAGCUUGGGAGCGGAGUUGCAGCAGCAAGUGCUUACCUGCAGAACGCCAUUCCCCUCAUUCCUUCCAGGAUUUGAUUCAAUAUGAAGUAUGAACUACACAAAAAGGGACUACAAAAAGCCUGGCCUUGUAAUUACAGUCCGUUCUGUUUCUCAUUCAGUUCAGUGCUGGUUCAAAGUAUGCGGAACACUGUUGUACAAUAUGCUGUUGUAUUAUACAUUUGCUGCUUAUGAUGCUGCUACCUCCUUCUGCAAGGCUUCUUCUUACAUGAGCAUGAAUUUGAAUGAAGCCCUGAUCAUUGUUUAUGUUGAAAUGCAAUCAAGUCCAGUCAGCUUUUUGCAUCUUUGAAAGGAAGAUAAAGGAGAUGAAAAGGUUUAAAUUUGUUUUUCAAAAGAGAGUUUUCCAUACUGUUGACCUUUUUCGAAAGAAAGAUAUAUUCUCAAUUUGUUGUGGUCACAAAGACUGAUAAUCCCUGACAAGAUGUGAUGUCACAAGUUGGAAAUUUAGUAAUUUACCAUCCAACAUUGACCUUUAGGGUGCUUGUUCAAGUAGUCUAAUUAACUACAACCUUUUUUUGUGGAUAAAAAAAACAACCACAGUAAUUUUUCAUCGAGUCGAACCCAUUUUUAAUUGAGGGAAUAAUACCUUCAAUGUCUUGUUCGAUGUUGAUGACAGUUCUGACAUAUACCUUUUCGUUAACAUGAAAGUAUUUUGAAAAUUCUUUCCUAAUUAUAUCCGAUCGGAAAUAAGUGUCAAAACUCAAAACAUGUAAACAAAAAUCACAAGAGAAAGCCCAAGAAGAAGAAGAAAAAUCAAUGAACAAAGCCUGUAGAAGCCGGCAUCUCCAUGUCUGGAGUCAGUUAGACAAAAGCUACAGUGUCAAACACCUUCUGACAAAUCGUAUCUGGGUAAUGUCAAAAAUAAAUAAAACGCUUAGCGAAAGUAACUCCGACCCCUUAAAUAUUUCGGACCCCAACCGACCUCUCGUCGGACCCCAUCUUCAACCUCUACACGGUUGAAUGAGACUUAGGUUGUGGCUAAUAUGCAGCACACCAGCCAAAUUCCAAUUGUUACACCUUCCAAAGACCUUUUUGUACAUAUAGAACUAAGCCACUAGCUUAGCUGCUUGCUGUCAUGGUAAUGUCAAAUGUGGAACAUAGGGACGUUUAACUACUUCAUCCUCUUCUUCUCCCAGACAGUAAACAAAAGAAAUUACAGUCCAAAUCAGGACACAUCAUAAAACAGAGAGAGAGAUAGGUAAGAUUUGCGGCGUCGGAAGAUUGUUUUUUUGAUAAAACUGGUUAUCCAUAUUUCACCAACGUCCAAACCACCCAUUAAUGUUUUUGUUAAUCUUUUACUUAGAGGGAUAAUUAGGUUUGAUAAAUAUCAUUAGUGAAAACCUCAUUAACUUGCUAGCAGCUAGAGGGUGGGCAAGUGUUCAGUUGUACGUCAUAUACCGGAUGAGGUCGAUAUUGAAACCGAAUCAAAUGGAAUUUAAUAAAAAUAUUAUUCCGUUUUGAAUUAAACCAAACCCACCUUUGGUCUAUAACCGAUUUUGGUUCAAUUUUAAACCGGGUCGAAUCAUGUCAAUCCCUUUGCCACGUCGUAUGGUUGGUGGCUGAUCUACCGGCGGCAACCAUCAGCUUACCACUUGCCAGAUAAGAAUUCCGUACACGUCAUAACUAGUAGUCAUCAACUUGCCAGCAAAGUCAGCGCCACCUCAUCCGAUCAAAGUGGAAAAGUAAUUAAAAACAAUAUCCUCCAAUUCUCUCGGACUUGGCCGGAAAAAAAAAUAUUUUAGGGCUGGCCGUCUGAAUUGGGCGGACGAGAAAAUGUAGAAACUAGAAACCUAAUACUAUUAUUAUUGUGAAUGUAACGAGGAUUACUUGAUACACGUUGUUUAGGCGGCGAUUUUGCAGAACCCCUUUCUUUAUUAAAAUAUGAUUUUGAUC